AUGGCGUCCGUUCCAGGAUAUUCUGCUGCGGGCAGAACCCGCUCCUCUGAUGGAGCCACCGCCGAUGAUGUGAACUCAUUUCAAGUUACAUCGACUGACUCAACUGACUCAACGGAGGAUACUGAAACUGUAUUUCUCAACAAGGACGUUUCUACCCCAAGUCAUGGGUCAGAUCUUUCCACCAAAUCACUCGUUGAAUCACCGAAGUCUACCCACACCCUCACCGAUGACGACGAACCGCGCAAAUGCUGGAUCUGCUACACAGACGAAACAGAAGACUCGCCACUGAACCAGGAAUGGCGGUCGCCGUGCCCUUGUGCCUUGACGGCCCAUGAGGCAUGUCUUCUCGACUGGCUUGCAGACAUGGAAAACCCUCGGUCGCGCAAGAACACCGCCGGCGGCGUAACGAUGCAGUGCCCCCAGUGCAAAACAGAUAUCGUGGUCACCCGUCCGCGAAGCUACGUGGUUGAUGUUCUCCGAUUGGUCGAGCGGGUUGCUGGACGACUUGUACUUCCAGGCAUGGUGUUUACGGUAGCUGGCACUGUGUGGGCGGGGUGUUGCGCGCAUGGAGUUUACUCUAUGUAUUUUAUCUUUGGAACAGAGGAAGCCAAACACAUUAUGGAAGAAAGCAUGGAAGGCCCGUGGAACCCUGGUCUAAACAUCGGUCUACCACUGAUUCCACUUGUCUUGAUCUUCUCGCGCACACGCUACGCCGAAGGUCUCCUCCCUGCUAUACCGGUGCUGUUCUUCGCUGCACACAACCCGGGUCAGGAACCCGAUUUUGAUUUGUGGCCUCCUACGCCUGCUAUGACGUUUGCCGCGCUGCCUUAUGUCAAGAGCUUCUAUGGGGCAGUCUACGAACGAUUGUUUGGCGGCUUGGAACGAAAAUGGAUUGCUGAGGUACAGCCUCGGGCGACAGAGGAUAUCCUUGACGAUGCACAGCAACAAGACCAAGCCGAGGGUCUCAACCGGUUCGGUGAAAAUGGGAACGGACAGAUUCUCAUGGAAAUCGACCUUGAGCUGAAUGUCGGAAUGGGCAAUAAUGACGAAGUAGACCACGCUCAGCCCGGGGUUGAGGAAGAUGCCGAUGCUCCCAACGGACAAGCUCAGAAUGCCGGGCAAAAUAAUAAUCCGCUGGGACUUGGACGACGACAGAACGAGAUUAUUCACGACACUAGCAACCUGGCAGAUGUUGUGCUCGGGGCACUUGUCUUUCCGGCGAUCUCAGCUUCAAUGGGCGGUCUGUUGAAAUAUCUCCUGCCUAAAACGUGGACAACACCGUCCUCGAUUUUAGAGCGAGGUCGCCCAGGGCUCCUUCAGACCCGCUGGGGUCGCAGUGUUGUUGGCGGAUGCAUGUUCGUUCUGUUGAAGGAUGCCUUGGUGCUUUACUGUCGGUGGAAGCUGGCUCAGACACACCGCCGCCGCAAGGUCUUGAAUUACGACCGGACUAAGAAGCAUCACGCCUCGAAGCGAUCCACCGGUUAG